GUGAUAAUUUUUGAUAAGAAAAAUUCAAAAUAUUAAUAUGCAAAAUUUUAACCUUACAAUUUAAAUUCAAGUAAUAUAUUGAUAAAACUGGUUGCUAUAAGAUUUUAGUACAUUAUGCGAGCUAUUUAACAAGAUACUUCCUCGAAUUCGAAACUACAAUCAAGAUUAAAAUGGCUCGCUCUAUUAUUUUGCUGAAUUUUGUUGCGUUUUUUGACUUAUUGGCGGUUGGUAUUAUAGUACCUCUAAUUCCAAGCUACGCGAGACAACUAGGGGCUAAUCAUAUUUCUAUAGGCUUACUGGGAUCAAUCUAUGCAGGAUUUCAACUUCUUUCUGGGCCAGUUAUUGGCAGCCUAAGUGAUUUGAAAGGUCGAAAAACUGUACUAAUAUUAACCCUGAUUGUGUGUGCUCUAACAUAUUUUGCUAUGGGAUUUUCAAAAUCAGUUAUAAUUCUUCUUCUAUUGAGAGCAGUCUUAGGUGUCUUCAAGCAUACACAACUCUUGACAAAGGCACUGGUGCCUGAUUACGAGAAUGAUGAAAAGAAACAAUCUGUUAUUUAUGGCAAGAUGGCUGCUAUCUCUGGUGUGGGAAUCACCCUGGGCCCGGUAUUAGGGGGCCAUAUUGUAGAGGAUUUCCCUACACAUGGAUUUACAAUUAUCGCUAUGAUAGUAUGCUCAUGUUUCCUAAUAAACACAGGUCUGGUGUAUCUUUUGCCUAAAACAGAGAAUUCAUCGAAGAAGGCUAAAGAAAACAAAGGAAAUCUUGUAGACCUAGUAGUUGAAAGCAGCAAACAAAUAGUUGUUGAGUUAUCCAAAGUACAAUGGCACAAAUAUUGGAAAAUAUUCUUAUUUCAGGCUCUAAAUAGUUUUGCGAUGGGUGUUUAUUACUCUAACUAUGCAAUAUAUUUGAAAACACAGUUUCUAUUGACUCCAAAACACGUUGGCUAUGUUGUGUCAGUCCAGGGAGUUAUCGGUGCUGUGUCUAGUUUCCUAAUGGGUUAUAUUAACAGUUUUUACAAACAUGAUGGGGAUUACAGCAUAAGAAACUACCAUGUCUUCCUAGCGUUAAGUGUAUCACUAUUGGGUAUAGCAUUAUCGAACUAUGUUUUUAUGUACAUGGUAUUCCUGGCUCCGCUAGCCAUAGGUAAUGCUGUGGGUAGGUUGGUGACAUUAGAAAUGUUGUUGAAAAAGAGUCACGGAGAUCAUAGGGGAACACUCAUAGGAGCUUCAAACAGCGUUAGAUCUUUAACAGGUGUGUUAUCUCCAAUAGUGUCAGGUUCUAUAGGUCAAUUUUUUGGGGUUGAAUUUGUUAUUUAUGCCUCAUUAUUUGCAACAUCAGUUGGACUUGCUACGAGUUAUUUGUAUACUGCUAAAGAAGUUACCAAGGAGAAACAAAAGUAGAUAAGAUAGUAACUGUACAAAAUAAUAUAUUUUUACACUUGUU